UUUUACUCAAACAAACGACAUUUUAUUAACCAAUCAGAGAAAAGGUUAUAUUCAUUAUCAUGGGUUUGAUACCUUUAUUCGCAGAUUAUCAUGGCGGAGGAGUGGGCGUACGAGGAAGCCUCGGACGAGGAGAAGCUGCAGAUUGCGCAGCGGUUCUUGCUGGCCAGUCCACCUGGCCAGAUCCACGAGGUGCUGCGUGAUGUGGCCAAGCUCGUCCCUGCUCAUGUUCUACCAGACGCGGCGCUGAGGGGAGCGCUGCAUGCUUACAACGUCAAGAAUUGCCUUCCCGUUGACGUCCCCGAUGCUGAUUACAAGGUACAAGAUUUUGAUCUGCGAGGAGGGAGAAGUGGACGCUGCUCACUACGUGGACCCCAUCGGCAACCGCGUGCUUGGCUUCGACCACAUCAAGCAGCAAAUUGUGGCGGAAGAUGUCGCGGAGAUUCCCGAGGACAGAGUCACGGACUUCGAGAAGGAGCGUCAGGAAGUGCAGAAGACAUUGCAGUCGUAUUUGCAAUUCGAGUACAUGCACGGUGGAACGGCCGGUGUGUACAUUGUGGGUACGAAGCUGGUGGUGAAUUUGUGCACGGAGCGGAUCAAUCUUCGCAAUUUUUGGGGAGGGCGCUGGAAUUCCCGAUGGGAAGUGGACUUAACGGCCAAUCCAGCUAAGGUCAAGGGCACCAUCCAGUUACACGUCCACUACUUCGAGAACGGCAAUUUGCAGCUGCAAAAUUCCAAGGAUAUCGAAGAGGAGAUCACGGUGCAACGUCCGGGUGGUCUGGGUGACGCCAUUCUGCGCGUGAUGAAGGAAGCGGAGGACGAUCUGCAGACCAACCUGGAAGACAUGUACAUCAACAUGUCCGAGGAAACCUUCAAGGAGAUGCGUCGUGUGAUGCCCGUGACUCAAACGAAGAUGGAGUGGAGUCUGCAUGCCCACCGUACGGCCAAGGAUCUUGGACGCAAAUAAAAGACAAGAACAACUUACAGAAGCGCGAAAUCUAAGUGAAAAAGAGAAUAAAAAAUGCGAAGAGCGCAACGUGAAACGCGAUACAAAAAAAAUUGUCACGGGCA